GCCCCUUCUCCCUCAGGCCCAGGGGUCCAGACCUGAGCUUCCCCCACUGGUUCGAAGUGUUCAGGCACAGAGCACAGACCUCUCCCCCCGCGGGGCCCCUCUCCUCCCAGUUGCUCCACCACCUGCUUCCCGCCCCCCCAGGCCUGAGGUCAUCUCUCACUGCAUCAUUCUGGAAUCUCGUUGUCUCAUUUUUUCCCCAAACAGCACCCCGGUGUCUGAUCCCCUGGACACCCCUCUCCGAACACUUGUGUCUGACCUGUCAAUGGGGCAUUGAUGGGGGCAGCUGGGGUGGGGGUCAAGGCAGGGGUGGGUUGCAGAGAUGAUUUCAUUCUCUGCAGGGGCCUGGACCCCUGGGGCUAGGGGAGGAGGGCUGAACCUGGCGGGGGCAUUUGUCUGACCACAGCCAGUUCUAGGAGUCAACGCACGAUGUCGCUCUGCCCCCAGUGGGGGCAGAAGGGGCGGGGCUGGGGCAGGGCAGGGGCAGGGCCUUAUGGACCCCCUGAAGUGGGGGCGGGUCUUGCUCCGGGCAGGCCUCUGCUGGCAUGGGCCCUGAGUGCCUGGCGCUGACCACAGCAGGCCACAGAAGGGUCAGGCGGGCCUUGGGGAAGGUUCGGUCUGGAGGUCUGCGCCCAGAGAUGCCGGGCAAACGGUCUGACGAGGAGUCGGCGGAGGUGGAGGCAGGGGAGGACGGCGGUGAGCCGGGCCUGGGGGGCCUGACUGAGGAGGAGCUCCGGCAGGGCCAGGAGGCCGCCCUGGCGCUGGAGGACAUGAUGGCGCUGAGUGCCCAGACCCUGGUCCGAGCCGAGGUGGAUGAGCUCUACCAGGAAGUGCGCCCCCUGGGCCAGGGCCGCUUCGGCCGUGUCCUGCUGGUCACCCAUCGUCAGAAAGGUACCAGCCUGUCCCUGCUUCCCCAGGCACGCCCUGGCCUGAAGCAGCUCCCGAAGCCCUCCACCUCCCUGCGUGGCUUCCUGUACGAGUUCUGCGUGGGCCUCUCACUGGGCGUGCAUUCGGCCGUCGUCACCGCCUACGGCAUCGGCCUCGAGUCAGCCGCCUCCUACAGCUUCCUGACGGAGCCCGUUUUGCACGGGGACCUCAUGGCCUUCAUCCAGCCCAAGGUGGGCCUCCCACAGCCAGCCGUCCAGCGCUGCGCGGCCCAGCUGGCCUCGGCCCUGGAGCACAUUCACUCCCUGGGCCUGGUGUACCGUGACCUCAAGCCGGAGAACGUGCUGGUGUGCGACCCCGACUGCCAGCACUUCAAGCUGACCGACUUCGGCCACACUCGGCCCCGCGGGACCCUGCUCCGCCUGACGGGGCCGCCCAUCCCCUACACGGCCCCCGAGCUCUGUGCACCCCCGCCGCUCCCCGAGGGCCUGCCCAUUCAGCCCGCCCUGGACGCCUGGGCGCUGGGCGUCCUGGUCUUCUGCCUCCUCACCGGCUACUUCCCCUGGGACCAGCCCCUGGCCGAGGCUGACCCCUUCUAUGAGGACUUCCUCAUCUGGCAGGCCUCGGGCCAGCCGCAGGACCGCCCACAGCCCUGGUUCGGCCUGGCCCCCGAGGCGGACACUCUUCUGUGGGGCCUGCUGGACCCGCAUCCCCGCAGGAGGAGCCCUGUGAGCGCGAUCAGGGGCUACCUGGGGCGCCCCUGGAGGCAGCAGGCCAGGGAGGCCGGGGAGGAGGCAGGGGAGUGAGGGGUGAGAGGCAGCGGGAGGCGGGUCCCAGACCCUGAGGCCUCCUCGCCUGUGUCCGUCCCUGUCUCCACCGUGUCCUCCUGUCUCUCCUGUCUGUGGGGGGCUCUGAGCCCUCCCGUGUCUUUCUGUGUCUGUCCCCGCUUCCACGGGGCCUUUGCACUUGCUGUGCCCUUUGCCUGCGACGCUUCGGGCUCACCCCUCACCUCUUGCCCGCCUUGGCGUCCCGAGGCCACACUCUGUCCUGUGCUCCUCCUCUCCUGUGACACGCAUCCUCUUCCUUUUUCUUUUUUUUAAGACAGAGUCUUGCUCUGUUGUCCAG